AUGACUGGUGGAGGUGGUUGUUCUUCGGCAUACCCUCAAGAAAAGGUCGGUGUAUUUGUACGACGCAGUAAAGGAGGACCUGUAACUGUAGUUGAAUACAGUGAGUUGGAUCAGUCAUUAGCAAGUGAAAUUAAUCAGAGAACCGGCCGACUUCGUUAUUGUUGGAGUAAUUUUUGCCUCCAUAUGUUCACUUCGGACUUCUUAAACCAGGUUGCGAGCGGUCUCGAGAAGGACAGCAUAUACCACCUUGCGGAGAAGAAAAUCCCAUCAAUCCAUGGUCAAACGGUCGGAUACAAGCUAGAACAGUUCAUAUUUGAUGCAUUUCCAUAUGCACCUUCAACCGCACUUUAUGAGGUGCUACGUGAAGAAGAAUUUGCCCCUGUGAAAAACGUCAACGGGUCAAACUUUGACACUCCAGACAGUGCACGGCUUCUGGUUCUCCGUUUACAUGCACGCUGGGUGGUGGCGGCUGGCGGCUUUUUAACACACUCAGUGCCUUUAUAUUCUACUGGCGUUGAGGUUUCACCACUUGUUUCAUACGUCGGAGAAAAUCUUGAACCAAUUUGUCGUGGUAGAACAUUCCAUGCCCCUUGUGAAAUCACAUUCUAGCUUUUCAUUUCAUUUUAUUUUAUUUUUUAUCUUUU